CUACAAAUACCCCUCAAACCCCUCCCAUUUUCUCACAUCUCUCUCUCUCUCUCUCUCUCUCUCUCUCUCUCUCUCUCUCUCUGCUAUCGUAUCAGACUCUUACUUCUGGGGGACUGAGGGCCUUUAGAGAUGGGGUCCAAGCUUCUGGUUUUGUGCCUUGGACUCUUGGGUUUGCCAUGUCUUGUAAUGGCUGCAGCUCCAAUGAAACCCAUUAAUGUACCAUUUCAGAAAAACUAUGUACCCACUUGGGCAUUCGACCACAUAAAGUACAUCAAUGGCGGAACUGAAGCCCAGCUCGUCCUUGAUAAAUACACAGGUACGGGGUUCCAGUCAAGAGGUUCAUAUCUCUUUGGUCACUUCAGUAUGGAUAUAAAGAUGGUUCCUGGAGAUUCAGCUGGAACUGUGACUGCUUACUAUCUUUCAUCUCAAAACUCAGAGCAUGAUGAGAUAGACUUUGAGUUCUUGGGGAACAGGAGUGGGCAGCCAUAUAUUUUGCAGACAAAUGUGUUCACAGGGGGAGCGGGAAACAGAGAACAGAGGAUAUAUCUAUGGUUCGAUCCAACUAAAGAUUACCACUCUUAUGCUGUUCUUUGGAACAUGUAUCAGAUUGUCUUCUUCGUGGAUGAAGUCCCCAUUAGGAUCUUCAAGAACAAUAAACACAUCGGCGUUCGCUUCCCCUUCAACCAGCCCAUGAAGAUGUACUCCAGCCUCUGGAACGCAGACGACUGGGCCACUCGCGGCGGGCUCGAGAAAACCGACUGGAGCAAGGCCCCCUUCAUCGCCUCUUACAGAGGCUUCCACAUCGAUGGCUGCGAAGCCGACGCCAAAGACUCUGUGUGUGCAACACAGGGGAAGAGGUGGUGGGAUCAAAAGGCUUUCCAGGAUUUGGAUGGGAUUCAAUACAGGAGGCUUAAAUGGGUCAGGGAAAAAUAUACAAUCUACAAUUACUGUACUGAUAGGGCAAGGAUCCCAACCAUGCCAACUGAGUGUGUUAGUGAUAGAGAUGUUUAGAAGGAAGCUCUCUCUCUCUAUCUCCCAUUCUCUCUUCCCUAGACCUCCCCUAAUGAGAUACCCUCUCUCUCUCUAGAUCUUAGUUCUCUUCUUUGGAUUACAAGGUGGAGCUCAGACACGGUUUGAGCAUGGAGACAUUCGACAGUGUGAGAAUAUUGUAUUUGUUAUUUAUUUUCCUUGUAACUGGGGUUUUGUGGGGUUUGAUCUUAAGAGGCAUUGGCUCUUUGCCUGAGGAUUUAUUAUAUCUAUGUAUACGUAUAUGAUAUGUUCUGUUUUGAUGAAUAAAAAUGGAUUUUUA